AAAAAAGUCCUCAAGACUGGCGAUGUCAUUUAUCGUCUCCAGAAUACGUUUGGAGCGGACCGUUGGACGAAGUGCAUCGCGACUUUAACGGAAACUCAUUUGGAGUCCCACUUUCCAACCGGUGGGCCGAAAGGUAGUAACAACGCUAGCAUAGAUAUGACUACGUGUCGAGGGGUUCGAAGUAUACCGGGGUAUAAUACCGAUUCACUCAAGAACAUGAACGGCGCUAGUUUUGACUCUUUAUAUGUCUUUGAGCUGGAGCUCGGGGAUCAUAGCCGUAGGCAGCUCGCUACUACAAGCAUCAGGGAGAGAGGGGAAUGGGGAUGUCAUCUACACUCACCAAGGUUUGCUCCCUGGCAAUGCGUUUGACGGAAACGGAUCACCUACUUCAGUCAAAUUCGUUAACGAACCACCCCUCAGAGUUGUCAACGUUUCUCAUCUUACUGCCUUAUCCGGACCGUCAACUGACGGGUCUACGUCGACUCAUCCUAGCCUGGCCACAGAUGAAUGCAAAUCAUCCGUUCCGAGUCGCCCACUCUCUAGAAGCGAGUCAUCUUCUCCAGACUCCUUUAACACUUCCAUCACGUUCCACAGCCCCGAGAUCUUAUCGCCCACUCCUUCUAAUGCUACUUGUCUUUCACCUUCAUUCGUGUCAAGUCCCUCACUCCAUGAUUUGGAUAGUCAAAGCAUUGUCCGCAAACGGUUAGCAUCAAUCAGAUCAUCUCAAACUCCCCCAACCAGUCGCAUUUUAACUCCUGGUGGACGCAAAGACGUAGCUCGCGUGACCGCUUACAGGGAUGACUUAAGAGUGACGCAGAAUACGAACUUGGAGGAUCAUUGCGAAGCUGUCCCACGGACUUUCGUAUUCCCAUCUCGUGCAAGUGGUGCUAUAGCUGUUUCUAGUCGCAUAUCCUCGUCUGUGCAUGGAGGUUACCCAUCUGCUUCAUCAUCUAUGCUUGUGACUCCCCUUCCUUCGAAUCACUCGGAGCUGAGCAAACAUCCAUCUGAGGAAUCCUCGUCGUCGUCGCACUCAUCACCAACUGGAAGUGGAGACUACUCGGGCGGAGAAGAUGAACGUCCUGAACUUGACUCUGGGUUUCCCCCGCGCUCCUCUCGACUAAUAUCCGAGUUCUCUUCGGCAAUUAAUGGGACCUAUCCGUCUGGCCGCCCCAGCACCUCAUUUUCUUCUAGUGAGGCCUCACGAAAUCCUCUUACAACCGCGCCUAGCAAUAUUUCUCUGGCUGUAUUGAAAAGAGUGGACGAUAUUCACAGCGAGCUGCAGUCUUUCAGCAAAGAAAUUGGAGAGAUUUCGUUUGUUGCUCAUUCACUGUCACAAUCGUGUCUCAGUCGGAAUGAAGAAGUGACGGCGAGAGAUGCACAACUCCUGGAUGGUCUAUCAUCUGUGAAUGCGAGACUAGACUCAAUGGCGACAGAGGACAACUCCUCCCGGUAUGAAGUGGCGCUAAACGAAAUCUGCGGGGCUGUCAAGCUUUUGCCACAUUUGGAUAGCAAACUUGAUGAUCUAAAGGUCUUAGUGAAUUCCGCACCUCUGUCUCCUUUCUCGCGUCGACGUCAUGUCCCCCAAAAUCUCGAUACUUUCCAUGAUCCUUCCCCAACUAAUGAAGCUGAUGGCGGUAAUGAUCCAGAUAUCUCUAGCAUUAACACCAAGCUAGAUAAGAUGGGAAGUCGUCUCCGUUCCUUAGAUUCCUAUACGCGCAGAAAUAAUCUGACGCCUGACAUCUCGGCUAAACUCGACUCCAUGGAGAUCAAAAUUCAAGCUUUGGCUAAUCUUCCUGACAGCACGAAGGACCAUGAUCGCUCUGGGGCUGUGAUUGCUCUGCUCGAAAGUCUGUCCGAGAACCUUAGUGCUGGCUUCUCGGGCACUGUUCCCGAUUCGUCGUUGCAUAACGAUCUAAGAGAACUUCACCUGAAGCUCGAUGCCCUGCAGAAAUGGCUUGAAGCCCGUGAUAUGGCUGGUUUCCCAACUUUGAACGAGGAAACUUCGGAUUCUGGAUUGUCGUCUUUGCCUGCGGCUCAGGAGUGCAAAUCCUCGGACGUGACGGAUGCAGAAGCUAUGACGUCGCGGAUUGUCGAAGACAGUUCAGAGCUUCGGGACAUCAAAGAGCUUUUGUCCACCAAUGGCACGCAGCAAGAGUCAUUAAUUGUUCAGGCGUCCGAAAAUGCCCGGUAUCUCCAACAACUGAAUCAAUGGCUAGAAGGUUUCCUUCAACAACACUCUCAUCAGGGUCAAGCCAUUUUUAGUGGCGUCAAUCAACUGCUCGACAUGAAUUCGUCUUCCCAACAAAGUGCUUCUUCAACUACCCAGAUGUUGGGACAAAUACAUGGUUUAUUGCCGGAGUUUCGUCAGCGAGACGCUAUGCUGGAUGCAGUUCACCAGAAUCUGCAGUUACUGACUCAGCAGGUCGACCAAGUUGUUCAGCGAACGCAAAUCUCCCUCGAUCCCCGAGCCAUCGAGGUCAUGCUACACCGACAUCACGUCGAAACUGAGGGAUUGAUUCGAACGCUGGCAUCGGAAAUAUCAAAUGAAAUACACGGGGAGCGGCUUCGGUUUGUCGAAGCCAUGAAGGAAGCAACCUCGGUAAAUUUGCACAAUCAGAUAAUUGAAGUAAGUACAAUAUUGUUAGAGGCUAGAAUACGACCCAUUGGUUUAUAACUUGUAUAAUCUACAGUUUAAGAAGCAACUGUCGAAGGAAGUGAUAAGCAUGGAACAGGAGUUAUCGGAUAUAAUGGCUGUGAAGUACUUGAUUCGAUCCCAGCAGUCUGGCAGAGUUGAAGAGAAUGCUGCUUGAUGGUGCCUUCCUCACAGUCGACCCCCCUGGGUGGAUCGUGUGGCUUAUUAGUGUGGUGCGCAGGUUCAAUAUAUCGACAUGUAGCCGCUAUUCGGAGAUCAGCAAUCUUAUCAAUCUUGUGCUGUACGA